CAUCAUCCACACCGUACCAAUAAGACGUGUGACAUUUGCAUUACAUCCAAACAAGCUGUUAUAAAUUCCGAUGCCGAUGUGAGUGAUUAAAAGUAGUUCCAAUUUCUUAUCUUCUUCUCUCUAAUCCUCUGUACUUCAUCUUCUUCCAUUUUCUCUCAGAACCCAGAUUUGGUAGAUGUAGCAUAUCUACGAUGAGUUCAAUUGAACACUAGUGUUUUUCGGCAGAUAAAUAGUGUUGGUUUGUGCUGCUAAUCUCUCGAAUUAACAUCCUCCAAUCAUUUCUCUAUUGGUAUUGGUCCCAAAUACGGUAAAAAGUAUAGAUAAAACUGACCAUUGGGUCCGUUGACAUUUUACUCUGGUUGACAAGUAAACCUUCUUCCUAGUUCCUACUUUCUACUUCUUAGGGGACUUCAUAGUUCAAAAACCAGAUUUCUUUGCCAUAAGUCAGUGAUCUCAUAGGUCAUGCGUUUGAAGACUCGCUCUUUCUUAUUUCAAGUCGUCUACCUCUUGUAGCCUCUAGAUUGUCUUUUAACUAGUCCGUCUUUUAAUAAAAUUACUGUGAAGUCCUUACCAAAAAACAAAUUUAUUGUGAAUUAUCGAGCUUAACACCCUGCUGGAGUGUUAACUUGGUAGAAAUGGAUAAUUCAUCAGAUGACUUCUCUGGACAUAUCAUGCAGCUUCCAGACGAUUGUUUACUCUUUAUUUUUCAACACCUUGACUGUGGAUCUGCCCGUCAAUCAUUUGGCUUAACAUGUCAUCGUUGGCUUCGAAUUGAAAAUCUAAAUAGAAGAUCUUUACAGUUCCAAUGCUCUUUCACUAUGCUUAAUAUCUCCUCAUUAUCUCAAAAUAACACUCAAAUCAGUUCAUUCCAAUUAUCUAGGCUUCUGAACCGUUUCCAGAACCUAGAAUCAUUGUCCCUGUCCGGAUGCACUGAGCUUCCAGAUUCGAGUUUGGCUUUGUUACCACGUCAUGGCUUGAAAUUGAAAAGUCUUCAUCUAGACUGCUGUUUUAGUAUAACUGAUAGCGGUCUUUCCUUCUUGGCAUCUGGCUGCUCUUCGUUGGUAAUACUAAGUCUUUACCGGUGUAAUAUUACAGAUUAUGGGUUAGAGGCCUUAUCUAAUUCUUGCCUAGCAUUAGAAGAUCUGAAUCUCUCAUAUUGCUCUCGAAUCUCUGAUUAUGGCGUAAGAGCUAUUUCACAAAACUGCCGUCAUCUUAGAGCAAUCAGGAUAUCCUACUGUAGAAAUCUAACUGGUGCUGGCUUUCAAGAAUGUUCUCAAACUCUGACUUAUUUGGAAGCCGAUUCUUGUAGGCUUGAACCUAAUGGAAUACGGAGUAUCCUAAGUGGAGGUGGUAUUGAAUACUUGAGUGUGUCUAACUUGACCUGGUGCACUCGUGUGGAUGGUCUGGUAGCUAUUAGCAUCGGAUUUGCUGCAAAGUUAAGAGUGUUGAAUUUCCGUUCCAGCAGAACGAUUGGCGAUGAUUGUAUCAUGACAAUAGCAAAGGGUUGUCCAUCGCUUCAGGAAUGGAACUUAGCAAUAUGUCAUGGGGUAACGAUAGCAGGUUGGGAAUCUAUUGCAUCACAUUGUCAUAACUUGAAAACGCUACAUUUGAAUCGGUGUAGAAAUCUUUGUGACCGUGGAUUGCAAGCUUUAAGAACCGGAUGCAAACGUCUCUCGAUUCUUUAUGUCACCAGAUGUUCUCAGAUCAGUGUUGUAGCAUUGGAAAUUUUUAAACUUGCAAGAGGAAAUGUAGAGGUCAAAGAAGAAGAAGUAAUGUGUAUUUGCCCUCGUGGAGCCUUCAGGUUUUAAUAGGUGGCUAUAAUCUUCAAAGUUUGUAAGCUAUCGGGUAUCAGAAAACAUUCUGAUUUUACUGACUCGGAAGGAAAAAACUGUCACCCCAGUCAAUCCCAUCCAAUUGGGAUGCCCUGUAAUUAACGCGUUACUCACUCGUCCACCACUGGAAACAUCGUUUCCCCGUCCAACUCUUUAAUGGAAAUGCACAACAGUUGUGCCCAGUGCCCACUGCACACAAGUAUCAAUAUGUAUGUGUAUAAUUUCUUGUAAUGUUUUUUCUCCUAUUAGAAAAAAGUGGUUGUAUUAAUGCAUCUAUAUGCAGUGAAAUAGUUACAAUUAAUUGUUCAUUUCCCCCACACCCAUUCAUACUUUUUACUCUUCAUGUGACCUGUAGGCUACAUUGCAGAACAAUUAUUUGAUACAUAAUAAUGGAAGGAUUGUU